CCUGCGCUCAUCUCAUCCACGCUCCUUGGAACGAGGCAAAAAGCAAAACCGGGCCGACUUGACAGAACAGUUCAGAGCGACACAGAUUAGGACAGGAGAACUGACGUAUGAUACACUUUAACUGAAUGAACCUCAUUUCCCUGACGUCUUUGCGCAGUGCUUAACAUAUUUUCUUAGCAUCUACUAGAUGCGCACGUAUUUUAUACCGAUCGUUACGCGGCAGUUAUGACUUUAUCGUAAAGAAGAACUGAUCUGUAAGUGUAUCUGGAGAAAGAGAGUGCAUCUCAUCUCUGGGUGUUUGCAUUGGAGAUUCUGACAUAAACCUGCAUGACUUUACUGGGGCUCAACAUGACGACAGCAGUAGAUACAAACAACACAGGUGGGGUAAUAUCAUACAUUGGAUCGUGCGGAGGCUCCCCCAACCGCACCAGCCCUGUAUCCAUGUACAGUGAGAAUUCCAACAGCAGCCUGCAGUCCUUUACACAGCCCUGCUUUGGUUCUUCAUUCCCACCAUCCCCCAAUGGAUCCCAUGAUUCCUCACGUAUGUACACCAGCAGCAGCAGCAGCUCAAGUUCGGGAUCUGGAGAGGACGGAAACUCAUCAUGCUCCGGCGGAUCCCCAAGAGGUCGUGAUGAUGGUGGAAGUGCACGCAAUUCACCCAAUAAAUCAGUUGCUACACUUACAAAGCUGAACGGAAUGGUGCUGCUGUGCAAAGUGUGUGGCGACGUGGCUUCCGGAUUUCACUACGGCGUCCAUGCCUGUGAGGGCUGCAAGGGUUUCUUUCGACGCAGCAUCCAGCAGAACAUCCAGUACAAAAAGUGCCUGAAGAAUGAAACCUGCACUAUUAUGAGGAUCAACCGGAACCGGUGCCAGCAGUGCCGUUUCAAAAAGUGUCUGUCUGUGGGAAUGUCCCGAGAUGCUGUUCGUUUCGGUCGUAUCCCGAAACGCGAGAAGCAGCGCAUGCUGGCCGAGAUGCAGAACGCCAUGAACAACAUGGUGAACAACCAGCUUCAGAGUGAAUUUCAGCUGGCGAGCAUCACGUCCAACACCCCCUGCUCUUCUUCUUCAUCCCCAUCCACCUCAUCCUCUUCCUCAUCUCCGUGCCCAGGGCUUACGGUGGGACCGCAACCCCAGCCCCCCGCAGUGCCCGUAGCACCAUCCCCUUCCCCUCCGACCCCAGCCUCGCCAUCAGUGCAACCAGCUCAGAGUCCCCCAUCUCUGACUUCCUCUCCACCACCAUGCACCAGUCCAGGUGUCGACAAAACCAUCGCCGCCAUAACCAGAGCACACCGCGAGACCUUCGUCUACGCCCAUGACAAGUUAGAUUCAUCGCUGCUGCUUCCUCACAACGGCGAGCUGGACAACCGAAGCAGCAACCGCUGCAUGGCUGGGUACCACCUCAAUGGCCACAACACCAUCUACCACCAUGAUAACAACAUUGCUCAUCAUUGCAACAACUUCGAGGUGCCGGCAGACAACGGCCACCAUUUUCAAGCCUCCCAAGCACCUCAGCAGCACAAUAACAAUGGUCAGAGACCUUCAAACAGUAACCUCUUUGGCGUCCACCACGGUCAGGAGAUGAACGGCAGCUCCCAGGGUCAGAACUGUCCAUGGAAGAAACGCAAAGAGAUUCUUCUGGCUUGUCCGAUGAACAUGCAUCCAUACUCAGACCCCAGCAAAACGCCACAGGAAAUUUGGGAAGACUUCUCUCUUAGCUUCACCCCAGCAGUCAGAGAAGUGGUGGAGUUUGCCAAACACAUCCCAGGGUUUAGCACGCUGUCUCAGAACGACCAAGUCACCUUGCUCAAGGCUGGAACAUUUGAGGUCCUCAUGGUGCGCUUCGCCUCUCUGUUUAACGUCAAAGAGAGGACUGUAACGUUCAUCUCAGGCACCACCUACAGCCUGGAGGCCCUGAGAAGCAUGGGCAUGGGCGAUCUGCUGGGAACAAUGUUCGACUUCAGCGAAAAACUCAACGCAUUAGAGCUCUCAUCUGAAGAGCUGGGACUCUUCACUGCAGUCGUGCUGGUGUCUGCAGAUCGUUCCGGCAUUGAGAAUGUGAAUUCGGUGGAGAUGCUCCAGGAAAGUUUAAUCCGGGCUCUCCGGACUCUCGUCAGCAAGAGUGCCCCCAACGACGCCUCACGAUUCACCAAGCUGCUGCUGAAACUUCCUGACCUGCGCACGCUGAAUAACAUGCACUCGGAGAAGCUGCUCUCUUUCCGCAUUGACGCCUGAGGUUGCGAUAAACUGGUGAAAGUGGGUCACCGCUGGUUGACUGAAAGACAGAACGGGUACAGACCUUAGAACUCUUUCCAAGAGAACCCACCAGAAAGCCAACUCAUGCCUUUGGCACUUAAAAGCACUUGAUGACACAUUUAAAGGGACGCUUUUGGUGUCUAAUGGUCAGUAGCCUUUAUGGCUUGAUAACCAUGUAGGGUCCUUGAGCCACUUACCUGAAAUGGCUGGUAAGAUUAAGCUAAUAAAGCAGACAAAAAAAGAGAGAAAACACUUACAUUUGGACUGCGUCUACAUAGGGAACAAGUGCAAAAUGCCUCGUGCAAGGAGUCACAGUCAGGCCAGAAGGCUCUCCAGGCCACUUCCAGAGAUAAGACGACAGCUGAAACACGUCAAGCGUCUUCUCAUGCCCAGUCCGGCCUGGGAUCCUGCUAAACCCACACUCAGAGAAAUCAUGAUCAUCAUUUUAACAUUUAAUGCAAAUGACAUACGUGGUAUGAACCUUCACACUUAAGUCACCCUGUGACUUAAAUAUGUAAAAUAUGUGUAAAUAUGAUAUACAUACUUUAAAUGUUUUAAAAUGUAUAAUAUAUAUUUUUUUGUAAAGUUCACAUGCUCAACGCAAAUGAUAAAAUCUAUUCAAGCACAGACAUAUAAGUAGAGUGUAUACAUAUUAUAGAGCAUCAAGACAUGUAUUUCAGUUGUCUUCUUCAUAAAGGCAUUUUAUGAACCAAA